CCAACCGUCGCCCAUCCCAACAAGACCAAACACGACUGCUGGUUCUCGUUCGUCCGCAACAACCGUUACAUGUGUAUAAUCUGUCACGAUCGUUAAAAUGUCGUCAAAUGCAGGGGCUUAAAAGAGUCAAACCCCUUUCUUUUCUUAAAAAAGUUGUUCAUUUUGUUGAUAAUCCAGAAAGCAAGUGAUGUCUGAACAAGAGAAGAUGGUCGGUAGUGGUAGUGAGGCUCAGAUGGAUGAUUCCAAGCCAGUCUUGGAAGGAAAUGAGGGUGUUGUUGUAGCCGAAGCUGACUGUUUAUCUCCAAUGGACACUGAAAAAGAAGCUUCUGAAGUGAAAGACCAUGUUCAGGUUGAAGAAGAUGGGAAAUUGAUGGCUCAGCCGGUCUGCGACAACCCGGAUUCCGUUGAAGGACAAGCUGUUUCUGACCAAACCCACGGUCGUGAGGACCAUGACAAAGCUCACAAUGUUGUUGUUGUUGCCGCUGAUGUUCAAAAUGAGGAGCUUUUAAAUUCUGGGGAUGAUGAAGAUGGUAAAUUUAAGGAUGUUGAGGACAAAUCUGUGGCCGAAACUAUUACCAGAACGGAUGAAAUUGAACAUGACAAUGAACUCUGUGGAAUCCCCACUGCUGAAAUAAAAGUAAAGCCCGAAGGUGAUGCCGAUGGAGUUGACAAUCAGGAGCAGACCACAUCGAGAGAACUCGAUGACAAAAACCCUAACAUGUGCUUCGACAACGACGGGUCCGACUUGGAGGAGGAGCAAGUGGCUUUCGUGAAAGAGGUUGAAGCAUUUUACAAGGAGAAUAACCUUGAAUUCAAACACCCUAAGUUUUACAAGGAGGAUUUGAAUUUGCUCAAGUUAUGGAGAGCUGUCAUCAAAUUGGGAGGCUAUGAACAGGUGACCUCAUGCAAAUUGUGGAGGCAGGUGGGAGAAUCGUUUAAUCCCCCAAAGCACUGCUUGAGUAUGAAAAGCAUAAAUUGCAUGGCGCUGUACUCCCUCAUUCUGUUCCUUCCCUCAUAGAGCCUAUCACGGUUGUUAGUCCGCCUCCUGAUAGUACUCAAGCUCCUGGAUCCGGUAGGACAAAGAGGGCUGCUGCUGCUCGUGCUAUGCAGAGCUGGCAUUCUCAGCGUGUUCUUGAUAAUGGAGAGGUCUGUCAUCC